AACGAAAACGAGUUUUUUUUGGGGGGGGCAGUCACUUUAUUCCUCCCCCACGCUCAUCGCUACGUGUAUUCAUUCCCCGGAAUAGCCCUGACGAAGGAGGAGGCAAAGGCGCUCGCUGUGUUCAGCCGCCUUCCUUCCCCCAUCAUGCUGCGUCCACUGCACUCGGUGUAGUUCAGCCCAUGCAUCGUCUGCGGAGCAGAUCCAUGUCCUUUGCACGUCGCCGGGAGCCAGCCUCGACCGCUUAAGCUCCGCGCACGUCCUAUAAGGGGGCACCUAAAUACUAUAUAAUACAUAUACACGGUAUUUUUAAGGCGCGAUCGUCGGACGGAACCAGCAUUUGGCCAGUUCCCACGCCGGAGGAUGAAUUCAAUACGACAGGUGCCUACCAGGGUGAAAAGCAGGAGGACCGAGACCAGCCUGGGGGCGGAGAGGGAGCAUUUUGACAAGCAGCAGCUCAGCAGCAUAAGCAAGGCCAUCAACUCCAGUGAGACGCCAGUGAAGGAGAAGCAUGCCCGCAGGAUCGUCCUGGGGACACACAGGGAGAAGGGGGCCUUCACCUUCUGGUCCUACGCCCUGGGCCUGCCGCUGGCUAGCAGCUCCAUCCUCAGCUGGAAGUUCUGCCACGUUCUUCACAAGGUUCUACGAGAUGGGCACCACAACAGCCUGCAGGACUGUAUGAGGCAUCACAGCAACAUCAAGGAGAUGGGAACCCUCUGGGGUAACCUCCACGAUCGAUACGGGCAGCUGGUCGCUCUGUACGCGAAGCUUCUCUGCAACAAGAUGGACUUCCAUUUGAAGCAUACAGAAAUCCAACCCAACCUGGAGGUCUCGGAUGAGGUUCUGGAGCGCACCGCUGGGACCGACAUCAACAACGUAUUCCAGCUCACUGUGGAGGUGUUUGAUUACCUGGACUACGAGCUGAAGCUGGCUGAGACUGUGAUGCGGCAGCUGAACACAUCCAUCGCCAUCUCCACCACCACCUCAGGACAGUGUCGCCUGGCCCCCCUCAUCCAAGUCAUUCAGGACUGCAGUCACCUCUACCACUUCACUGUCAAACUGCUCUUCAAGCUGCACGCCUGUCUCCCCGCAGACACACUCCAAGGCCACCGCGACAGAUUCCACGACCAGUUCCACAGCCUGAAGAACUUCUUCAACAAAGCCAGGGACAUGAUGUACUUCAAGAGGCUAAUCCAGAUCCCCCGGCUUCCUGAUUCGCCCCCCAACUUCCUGCGGGCGUCGGCGCUGGCCGAGCACGUGAAGCCCGUGGUGGUGAUCCCGGAUGAGGAGCCGGUGGAGGAGGAUGACGGCGAGCCGCUGGUGGAGGUCAGCGAGAGCAGCCAGCCUGUCCUGCAGAGCCAGCCGCAGUUGGACAUAUUCGAUCGAACGUUUGGACCCCCCAAUGGCGGUUUUGAUGAGAGAGAUGUGCAGAUAGACAACCUGAAACGGGAGAUCGAGCUGCUGCGGGUGGAGCUGGAGAGGAUCAAAGCUGAGGCCCAGCGCUUCAUCACACAGCUCAAGUCCCAGAUCAACAGCCUGGAGGCGGAGCUGGAGGAACAGCGGGCUCAGAAGCAGCGCGCCCUGGUGGAGAACGAGCAGCUGCGCAUGGAGCUGGAGGCCCUGCGCAGGCAGAGCACCGAGAGCGAGGGCCUGCAGGCCACCUUCAUGGAGGCCGAGAAGCGGGCUCAGGCCACAGAGAUGCGCUACGCCAAGCUGAAGGAGAAGCAUGCCGAGCUGGUCAGCAGCCACGCCGAGCUGCUCAGGAAGAGCGCAGACACGGUGAAGAUGCUGUCGGCCACGCAGCAGACGCAGGAGGAGGUCGCCCGCACCAAGCAGCAGCUGGCCUUCGAAAUCGAGCGCGUCAAGCAGGACUCCGACAUGAAGCUGGAGGAACAGAAAUUCGAGAUGGACCGGCUGAGGCGGGAGCUGGAGGAGAAGAGGAAUGAGGUCUCCCGCAUCCAGGGGGCGCUGGAGGGCAACUUGGCGGCGGGCCAGAAGCUGAACGGCGCUGUGGCAGCGCUGCAGGCGGAGAAGGAGGCGCUGCUGCGCUCGGUGAGCGAGCGGGAGGCCGAGCUGUCCUCGCUGCGGCAGGAUUCGCAGCUGCAGCAGUCAUCCCUGCUGCAGGAGCGGGAGCGCAGCACCCGUGAGCUGGGCGAGCUGCAGGGCAAGCUGCAGGAGAAAACCAGCAGGGAGGAGCAGCUGCAGCAGAAGUUGUUGGAGGAGCAGUUUUCCCUGCUGCAAGGCACCGUGACGGAAGCAGCGGCCAUCAUCCAGGACGCCGCAGCCAAACUAGACGACCCUCUGCAUGUGCGCUGCACCAGUUCCCCUGAUUACCUCAUCACCCGCGCUGAGGCCACUCUGGGCUCCAUUGACAAGGUGAAGCAGGGCCACAGCGAGUACCUGAGGAACAUGGGAGAUGCCAGUGGCCUGCUGAGGGCUCUCACCCAGUUCUCCCAUCUGACCGCCGACACCAUCGUUAAUGGAAGUGCCACGGCACACAUGGCGCCCACGGACCACGCCGACCGGCUCACGGAGAGCUGCCGGAAUUGUGCCACCCAGAGUCUGAGCUUCCUUCAUGAGCUGAAGUCCAGGGCUUCCCUGCAGAGAGCCGAUCCGGCCGCCGUGCGCCUGGUGGUGCAGCGCAUCCUGCAGCUAAGCCGGGAGCUUCAGCCGAAGGGCAGAGACAUUCGUGAGGAGGAGCUCGGGGACAUGGUGGACAAGGAGAUGGCAGCCACGUCAGCGGCCAUUGAGGAAGCUGUGCGGAGGAUCGACGAAAUGAUGAAUCAAGCUAGGAAGGACACCUCUGGCGUCAAACUGGAAGUCAAUGAAAGGAUUCUGAAUAGCUGCACAGAUCUGAUGAAGGCCAUCCGCAUGCUUGUCAUCGCUUCGACAGACCUCCAGAAAGAGAUUGUGGAAAGCGGAAGGGGUGCCGCCUCUGUGAAGGAGUUCUACGCCCGGAACUCGCGCUGGACCGAGGGCCUAAUCUCCGCCUCCAAGGCCGUGGGCUGGGGAGCCACGCAGAUGGUUGAGUCAGCUGACAAGGUAGUUCUGCACAUGGGAAAGUAUGAGGAGCUGAUCGUCUGCUCGCACGAGAUCGCUGCCAGCACCGCCCAGCUAGUGGCGGCCUCCAAGGUGAAGGCAGACUUCAACAGCAGGAAACUGACCACGCUUCAGCAAGCCUCUCGCUAUGUCAAUGAGAUGGCAGCCAAAGUGGUGGCCUCCACCAAGACGGGACAGGAGCAGAUCGAGGAGAAGGAUAAUAUGGACUUCUCAGGCAUGUCUUUGAUUAAGCUGAGGAAGGAGGAGAUGGAGUCACAGGUGAAGGUCCUGGAGCUGGAGACGCAGCUGGAGAGCGAGCGCAUGCGCCUGGGCGAGCUGCGCAAGAAGCACUACGAGCUGGCCGGCGAGCCGCUGGAGCCCCUCCAUGAGGGCAACGGUUUCACCAGCGCCGCCUCCCCAUCUUCACCCAAACCCAGCAAACCUGCCAUCAUGAAGAAGCCCCUGCUGGCCCAGAAGCCCAGCGUCCCACCCAAGAACCCGUUUAGGUGAAUGGUGGCUGCAGAAGAACAGCCGUGAUGAGGAACUGAUGCAGUGCAGACAAGCUGCUGACGCCAGUCGUGUCACUUUUAAACCCAACCAACCAUAACAAGACUUUUUUGUGCUCUGUCCACAUUGACCAUGCUUCACCGUACCCCACCCCUACUGAUUUUUCUUCCCCCGAAUUUUUUUUGCCAAGUUCGUAUUUUAUUUUGCCAUGACGUUACUUGCUUUUCUCACUAAGCGACGUUGUUUUCCUUCCGCUAUUUUUCAAGAAUGAAAGCGGCGUGUAAGAAGACAAAGUUCAUGACACGUGUGUGCCUUUCCAUGCCUGACAAGCACUGAUCGCCAUUACUGUUCUGGCUCCCAGUCAUUAAUAUGCUGCUGGGAAGCCCAGAGACAGCAUUGUACUUGUUACUCGGCUUGUGUUGUAACCGAGCACAGAAUGCACUUCGUCACACAAUAUCACGACUCGUAUAUCAUGGCCGUGACACGGAUGCUAAAGCAUAGAGAUUAACUGAUGUAAAUGCACGGGUUUAUUGCGCGCUAAGGGCUGUGCUGCACCUGUAGGUUGGUUGCAGUGGUUUGUGGUGCAGGCAUCAGUGAUGCACAUGAAGCACACCUGCAAAUGCUGCUCCAUUCACCCUUGUGCAUACUGAUGAUUAUUUUAGUGGCACAACAGAUUAAAUCCGCAGCUUGCAAUGUAGAAAUAGACGCCAUUACUGAAAACUCGUUUAACCAUUACCACCCCACCCCCCCCCCCAUAUGAUUAGAUGCAAUCAGUCAUUUUUUUUUUUUUUUUUUAAUUGAACAUGUAAACAAGUGACCGGGUUGGCCCUUCCUUUGACUUUAUUUCGGGAUUUACUCCUUGGCUGGCAUUAUACAUUACUGACUCGGCAUAAGAAUCUGCCCGUGAGAUCUGGCUCAUUUUGAAAGACGAACUCCCUUUGUCUCUCAUUUUAAUUUUGUUUCUCUCUGUAGAUGGGAUGUAUUAACUGUAGUGCAAUCAGUAAGCCUAACGGUCAGCCAUCUGAUCCACAAACCGCUCAAACCCAGGGCCACGUCUUCACUCUCAUCCACUGGUGUAUUUUAAUACUAUUUAUAUAUGAUAAGGCGUACAAGAUUAGGAACGACGUACUGUAUGUAGGACUGCAACUAAACUUUACUCAAUGGAAAUGUCCUUUCUUGUAGCGCAGAGGAGAUUUUUUUAUGUAGUAUUGUAGGAAAAAAAGUCUAAGUAUUGGUUCAGCUUUUUAAAUGGGCACACACAAGCUGUGUAUAUUUUUGGGACGGUCAUAACUAAUGACACUUGGGUGCUUUAUUUAAAAAAUAGAUGGGGGGUGUCUGUAAAACACUUUCUUUCCCUGUUUCUGUAUUAAACCCGUCUUUAUACUCUCAGAUCUAUUAAUAUAUUUUAGUAUCGAUUAUUGUGGUUAUUAAUGUGUGUAAAUGGCAAAUGGAUAAUAAAUGUUUAUCAACAGAA